AUGGACGCCGAUGAAUCUAACAAUUCCACAACUUUAUUGCCGCACCUAGCCAAUAAGCAACCACCUAAAAUUCUAAUCGUCAAACCUACACAAUACAGAGGGAAAAUUGAUAUCCAACAACAGAUCUACUCAUUUAUGCUCGCGAAAGCGCUUUGCCGAUUCACUAAUCCACGCUCCUCAUCUCUAAGCAACGGAAACCUUGUUCGCCAAACUGCAGAUUCUAUACUUGUCGCUACAAUCAAGGGAAGGACUCGAUGGAGUCGAGCGAUUCUAGCCACUCGAUUCCACCAGAGGUUUGCUAGACGACGACAGAGGAUGAAAACAAUAUUGCUCGCUUGUAAACCAGAGCUUAAGAACAAGAAGGCUAGGAAGUUACCGAUGUUGCAGAGAAAGGUGAAAAUUCUUGGUGGUUUGGUUCUUAAUUGUCGGAAACUCUCGUUUCCAAUCUUCUGGAAGAAGCGACGGAUUAUAUAUCGGCUUUAG